CUACUAUGGGGCACUCGAGUGGUCAUUCCGACCUCGCUGCGUACCCGAGUCCUGGAGGCGUUGCACGAGGGACACCCCGGCAUUGUGAGAAUGAAGGUGUUGGCACGCAGCUACGUGUGGUGGCCGGGUCUAGACGAGGACAUUGUCAAUUGGGUAAGUUCCUGCAGCAUUUGCCAGGAAUCCCGUCCUGCUCCCCCCAUCGCCACCCCUACCAGAUGGGAGAGCGCCAGCGCCCCUUGGUCUAGAAUCCAUAUCGAUCUGGCCGGCCCCGUGCAUGGAAAGAUGUUCCUAGUGGUCGUGGACGCUUAUUCCAAAUGGAUAGACGUGGCGCAGCUAUCCACGACCACCACACUAGCAAUCACCAACGUGUUAACGCGCCUGUUCGUUACGCACGGGCUACCCGACUCCAUCGUCUCCGAUAAUGGCCCACAGUUCGCAUCAAUAGAGUUCAGCCAGGCCCUCGCCAGGUUCAGCAGGGAUGACUGGCACCACAAACUCUCACGGUUCCUGAUGAGCCAGCACUCAACCCCCUGUUCAGUCACCAAUAAGUCCCCAGCGGAGCUCCUGAUGGGCCGGCGCCUGAGGACUGUAUUGGAUAGACUUCACCCCAAUUACUGCCCUGACUCUCCCCUCGCUUCCACUUCGGGGGUUAGACAUUUUAUGUUACAGGAGCCUGUAUUCGCGAGGAAUUUCGCAGGAGACCCACUAUGGAUGCCAGGCGAGAUCAUCGCCAUCACUGGGCCGAGAUCGUAUAGGGUCAGGCUGGAGGAUGGUCGCGUCUGGAGGAGGCACAUAGAUCAACUACGGAGGCGCCACAGC